GCUCCGGCAGCGGCACACAGAGAAGAGAGCUACCCCUCUACCUGGAGAGGAAGCCAGGGACCGGGGGCAGUCAUGGCAGCGAACAUGUACCGGGUUGGAGAUUAUGUUUAUUUUGAGAACUCGUCCAGUAACCCACUGCUGAUCAGGAGGAUAGAGGAGUUGAAUAAGACAGCCAAUGGGAAUGUGGAGGCCAAAGUGGUGUGUUUUUACCGGCGCAGGGACAUCUCCAGCACACUCAUCGCUCUGGCAGACAAACAUGCAAGGGAGCUGGAGGAGGAGAUGGAGAACCCAGAGAUGGCGGAUCUCCCCGAGAAACAGAAACACCAGCUCAGACACAGAGAGCUGUUCCUUUCCCGUCAGCUGGAGUCCUUACCAGCCACACACAUCAGAGGAAAGUGCUGUGUGACACUGCUGAAUGAGACAGAAGCCCUGAAGUCCUACUUGGACAGAGAGGACGCCUUCUUCUACUCGCUGGUGUAUGACCCUCAGCAAAAAACCCUGCUGGCUGAUAAGGGGGAGAUCCGCGUCGGGAACAAGUACCAGGCCGACAUCACCGACCUCCUGAAAGAAGAUGAGGAAGAUGGCAGAGACCUGGAGAAACUAGAGGAGAAGAUCUGGGACCCCAACAGCUCACUGACAGAGAAACAGAUCGACCAGUUUUUAGUAGUAGCUCGGUCCGUAGGUACAUUCGCCAGAGCUUUGGACUGCAGUAGUUCUGUCCGGCAGCCCAGCCUCCAUAUGAGUGCUGCUGCAGCCUCCAGAGACAUCACCUUGUUUCAUGCUAUGGACACCCUCCAUGCUACAGGCUAUGACAUGACUCGAGCCAUUGCAGCGCUGGUGCCUCAGGGUGGGCCCGUCCUCUGCAGGGAUGAAAUGGAGGAGUGGAGCGCCUCAGAGGCCAACCUGUUCGAGGAGGCGCUCGAGAAAUACGGCAAAGACUUCACUGAUAUCCAGCAGGAUUUUUUGCCCUGGAAGUCCCUGACGAGUAUUAUUGAGUAUUACUACAUGUGGAAGACCACAGAUAGAUACGUACAACAGAAACGAUUAAAAGCAGCUGAGGCAGAAAGCAAGUUGAAGCAGGUCUACAUCCCCAACUAUAACAAGCCAAACCCCAACCAGCUGAGUAACAAUGUAAAGCCAGCUCUUGUAAAUGGAGCAGCGGGUGCAGGGGUCCCAGGACCUCCAGGACCUCCAGGACCUCCAGGCUCAGUGCCGACCCCUGGCCUGGGCAGAGCCUGUGAAAGCUGCUACACCAGCAGCUCCUACCAGUGGUACUCGUGGGGACCUCCCAACAUGCAGUGUCGCCUGUGCGCUUCAUGCUGGACCUACUGGAAGAAGUACGGAGGCCUGAAGAUGCCCACAAGACUGGAUGGCGAGAGGCCUGGACCCAACCGCAGCAGCAUGAGCCCCCACGGCCUGCCCCUGCGGCACAGCGGCAGCCCCAAGUUUGCAGUAAAGACCCGACAGGCUUUCUACCUGCAGACCACCGGCCUGACGCGGAUGGCACGUCGCAUCUGCCAGGACAUCAUCAGGCCUCGAUAUUUGGCCAGGCACCCCUACCUCCCUGUCAACACAGCAGCCAUCAAAGCAGAAUGCGCCCUGCGGUUACCAGAUAGGCCAAAAAAGCCUUUGCCAUUGAAGCCUGUGGACCGUAAACCUCUGGAGUCUGUGGUUCGGUAUUUAGAAGCACAUCCCCGUCCAGCCAAGCCCGACCCACCGAUUCGCGGAGGGUCCAUCUCUACAGGCAGUCUGACGCCCAUAAAAUCCUCUCCCAUCCUCAACAAUGGCUCACCCACCAUCCUGGGCAAACGCACCUAUGAACAGCACAACGGACUGGAUGGUACCAAAUCCAAAGCCCUGACUCCACAGUGGGACAUUAUGGCCAAACGGAUGAGUGACGCAGGGCGGCCCUCAGCCUCCCUGCAGGAUGAGGUACACGAACUGGACUGAACGCUCCGUGGGAACGACCUCUACUGCAAACCCUGUGAGCAGAGGGGGACAUUAAAUGGAAAAGGCUUUUUCCACUAAACCAUAACCGAGGGCAGCUGAGGGAAGUUGAAGCUGAGAGGAGACGACUGCAUUGGCCACCUUUCUUCAGUCAGCACGGGUCUGUCAGACUGCUGAAGACCAAUCGAUAAUCGAUCAGUUUGGCUGCGGUCAAUCAGAAGAUGAGCCUGACUGUACAGGACUGUGUUUAUUACUUACAUUUCUCGUUAUUACUGUCUUUGUAAUUAUUGUUAUUGUUAUUAUAAUUUUUUUUACCAACUAUAACUCAGCUUAUUGUUUGUCGAUCAAACGAUGGAACUUGUGAAGUUUCAUGAAAAAUGCUUGCAAAAAACCCUGUGGAAAAGGGUGGAAGGAAAGUAACAUAAGCCACUUGCAUCUUCUGUGUUUUGUUUUGUUUUUUUUGUUUGUUUUGUUUCUUUUUUUUUUUUUUUAAACAAGUUAAAGUCAAAAAGGAGACGCACUUUUAUUUCAGCGACAUGAGUUCAACUUGUCUUUUUUUUUUUUUCGUUUCACUGAAUUUGAAUGCUUUACAGGAAAAAAUUUCUGUUGUGUGAGCCGGCCCCUGUUCUUCGGCCAGAGAGGUUUAACUUAUUGAGAAAGACUUGGUGUUUUUUCUACCUUUUUCACAAGUAAUGCAUCUAUGCUUCGAUAAUGUAAUUAAAAAAAAAAAAAAGAUAAUUGAUUUUUUUCCCUCUUCUUUUUGGAGUCUGUGCACGGAGGUGAAAGGUGUCAAAACUUGCACUGAAUGUUCUAUUUUCAAGCUGGUGUUUACCUGUUUUUCUUACUCCCACAGGUAUGCAAACGGGGUAUAUGCAAAAUGACGGAAACUUUUCAUUCCUAAAACAGAAACAUGUUUUGUAAGCAAACAUCUGAAAAAAAACAACUAAAAAGCAGGAAUGCGCUCUGCUUUCAUGUCCAA